AUGCCAAAAACUGGUUUUCGGCGGGUUUUGGCGAGGUCUCAAUACGAGCUAUACGAUGUUGUACUGCAGAGUGUGCCAUAUACGCUUGACCUACUUUAUACUUGUUUGUGCUGGCGGCUACGCCACCUGCAGCUUCCCCGUCAUGCUGAAAUUCGGAAGACUAUUGGCUCGGGUUCUCGGAUAGUGGAUGAUUCCUUUCAUCGGCAAUAUCUAUACCAGUGGAUGUAUGCAGAGAAACUUGUCACCAGCAUGACAAGGGUCAAAGCUGUCCGCGAGGCUGUGUCACUGUUCUCACAUCAGAAAAAGGAGCUGCACCUUAAGCGCAAGAGGGCCAUCUCAUUCGACCGACAGCGCCCGAGGUGGACGGCUGGUGUCCUACUGACGUGGCCAGCAGCUUGCAGCUUUGCAUGCCAGUCUGGACGCAACACGGGCCUGCCUUGCCGACAAGUAAGACGCUCUUUCUUUUCCCUCUGGUGGCUUGAGCGCUUGUGA